AUGGAACGUUGUCUCUCGCAACCAGUGGAGAGAGAGAACCAUCUCGACUCGGAUGGUAACACUGGCUCUAUAAACAAAGCUCGGCCUUGGGGUCUGAAAUGGAGGUGCUCAACAUGGUUUGUGACCCUAGUCGUUGGCUUAGGAAUCACCACUGACCUUUUGGUGUAUUCCAUCAUCGUGCCCAUCAUGCCCUUUCAUCUCGAACACCUUGAAUACAGUGGAGUGUCCGGGCUUGUAGGAUGGCUUUUAUUUGGAUAUUCGGCAGGACUGGUUGUAUUCACACCUCCCAUUGCGCUCUUUUCAGAGCGCUAUAAAUCCCGGAAGACGCCACUCAUCAUUGGCUUAUUCGCCCUUGUCGGCGCUCAAAUCAUGCUCAUGGAGGCGCCCAAAUAUUGGGUCAUGGUGCUUGCUCGGAUUCUACAAGGAAUGAGCUCCUCUGUUGUAUGGGUAGUUGGCCUCGCUUUGCUUUGCGACACUGUUCCCGAAGCAAUAGUAGGCAGACAACUUGGCCUCGCAAUGAGUGGUCUAUCUCUCGGCUUUCUGGUAGGACCGUCUGUAUCUGGAGCUCUCUACAAUGCGUUCGGCUUCCACGGUCCAUUCAUCUUCGGUGUUAUUGUCACAAUGGUCGACCUGUUCGGCCGCUUGUUGAUAAUUGAGCGCAAGAAGGCGCUGCUCUGGGGAGUAGACCCUGCCGCUGUGAUGGCGAAAGAUGACGGAGUUGAUAAAGAGGAAAAGACCUUUAGCAGUGAUGUCCACAACGCACAAACUCCGCCAACCGCUAUUGUAACAGAAAUCAUCGAAAUACCAGCAGAAACGACUGAAAUACCAGCUGAUGACGCAAAAAUGCCUUAUACUCUUCCCUCUUUAGGAGGUGGCACGGAUCCAAUGGACGCUCCUACAAUUCCUGAGCGUGGACCAGCGCUUUUGACUGUUCUAGCGUCGCUCGGCAAAUCAUCGAGAGCGCUGUCUGUAUUUGCCACGACAUUGAUUUAUGGAAUUUUGUAUACCAGCCAGGAACCCGCACUUCCCUUGUAUUUACAGGCACAGUGGAACUUCAAUGCAUCUAAAGUUGGGCUUGUCUAUAUUGCAGCUGUGGUGCCUACGGUGUUCUCAUCGGCUUUGACAGGUUGGCUCUCUGACCGCAUAGGGACAGCUGGAGUCACCGUGCUGUGCCUUGCAUUAUCUUUGCCAUGGUUCAGUCUUCUCAUCAUACGUGGAGCUUUGGCUUUUUUUAUUGUUGUGUAUGCUCUAGCGAAUUUCUUCUCUUCAGGCGUUGUCUCCCCGCUAACUGCGGAGCUUGCUGCAGUAACUCGAAGACUGGACGGUGUAGGCUAUGCGCAUGUGUAUGGCGCAUUCAAUCUCGCAUAUGGGAUUGGCUCUGCUUUGGGACCUCUGAUUGGCGGGCAGAUUUAUGAACAUGUCAAACAUGGGUGGGCCACCAUCUGGCUGCUUGCCACAGGCCUUGCUGUCGUUUCUAUGGCCCUCGCGUUCUGCUACUUCGAAGAAGUCUCUCUUCUCUCAAAGUUCAUUCAUUGUGUUGACAACUUGAUAACGAAGCGCGGAAGGUAG